AUGGGUUAUUUAAUGCCGACAAAAUUAUUAUUGCUGCUAAUAUCUAUCUAUCUAUCUAUCUAUCUAACUAUCUAUCUAUCUAUCUAUCUCAGUCAAUUUAUCUAUCUAUCUCAAUUUUUAUUGCUGCUAAUAUUUUUUUUAUCUAUCUAUCUAUCUAUCUAUCUAUCUAUCUAUCUAUCUCAGUCAAUUUAUCUAUCUAUCUCAAUUUUUAUUGCUGCUAAUAUUUUUUUUAUCUAUCUAUCUAUCUAUCUAUCUAUCUAUCUAUCUAUCUAUCUAUCUAUCUGUCGGUCUCAGUCUAUCUAUCUAUCUAUCUAUCUAUCUAUCUAUCUAUCUAUCUAUCUAUCUCAGUACAUAUUGUCCACCACUCUCUCUUUCUCUCUCUCUCUCUCUCUAUCUAUCUAUCUAUCUAUCAUAGUUAGUCCACCACUCUCUUUUCUCUCUCUCUCUCUCUCUCUAUCUAUCUAUCUAUCUAUCAUAGUUAGUCCACCACUCUCUCUUUCUCUCUCUCUCUCUAUCUAUCUAUCUAUCUAUCAUAUAGUCCACCACUCUCUCUUUCUCUCUCUCUCUCUCUCUCUAUCUAUCUAUCUAUCUAUCAUAGUUAGUCCACCACUCUCUCUUUCUCUCUCUCUCUCUCUCUCUCUAUCUAUCUAUCUAUCUAUCAUAGUUUACAACAAUUUUUCUCUCUCUAUCUAUCUAUCAUAG